AAUUUUAUAAUUUUUAUAUUUUAAAUAUAAAUAAAAAUCUAAUUAUUUAGUCGAUUACUCAUCAUGCUUUGGAUAUGUUGCAUUUGAUUAAAAAAAGCAUGGGUUGUGUUAAUAGCCGUACAGACAUAAAUGAUUUGCAUCCAAAUAUAUUCCAAGUUAUGAAUGUUGAUGAUUUGGGUAAUCUGAUAACUCCAGGAAGAUUAGAAGUUACUGAAACAGAUAUUGUACUGUACCAAAGAGGAAGACAACCAGUAAAAUGGCCAUUGAGAUGCUUGAGAAGAUAUGGCUACGAUUCGGAAAUUUUUAGUUUUGAAUCUGGUAGAAGAUGCUCGACUGGUCCUGGUAUUUAUGCAUUUAAAUGCCGUCGAGCUGAUCAAUUAUUUAACCUUGUACAAACAAACAUACAGGUUUGUAAUAAUGGCGACGAUGCAAUAUCUCGUGACCUCUCAAUCCCUUCACAUUCCGGUCCAACGAUAACACGUACGACAAUACCAAAUGAGCCAAAUUACCUCGAUCCAACACCACUAAGGCCUAACGGUCGUGUAAAUCCACGAUUUUCUCACAGUCAACAGAAUGGAGUCGGUAGACUAGGAAGUGUAGGCAGUAGUAGUGGUCCAAUAUCACCACAAGGUACCAUGAGUUCACCAUCACCACCUCCAAUGAUGUUGCCACCACCUCCUCCUGUUCCACAACCUCAUCCGUCCGCGUUGUAUGUCAACGACGAUGUCUUAUCGUCGAUGGCACUUGAAUUGGAGCAUAAUAAUAACAAGAGUUUACGAAGAAUGCAGAGAUCUUGCACAGUAAGCAGUACGACGUCGAGUAGUGGGUUUACAUCAGAUACAAUAGGAAUAUUAAAUCAAGAAGUUCACAAUCAUAAUCGACCGCCACCAUUGCCAAUGGCCUCGUAUAUGAAUGUAGAUUUAAGCAAUGACGUCAGCCCACUUUCGCCUUCACACAGUACUUGUAUUUCAACAGCAUUAAAAGAAGACACUAGUGAGACAGAUAAUUCACGACAUGCCUAUAUGAAUAUAAACCCCAGUCAAGAAAAUAUUAUCGAGUGCUCAAAUAAUCAACGCACACGACUGCCGGCAUUGCCAAUAUUACCACCGUCUCUUCCAAUUGAUUGGGAUGAUAAUAAUUCCCGUCACUGCUAUGCUAAUCUUGAGCCCAAAGAGAUUGAUAAUUUGCGUAAUAAAUUUACUGGAGUGUCUGUUAGUAGUAAUGAUAAAUUAACAACUGUACCAUCAACUCCACCUGUUGAAGCUAUACGGGAAGUUAAUUAUGCCGUAUUGGAUUUAGAUCAGAACAGUAUUUCUACGUCAGUGUCUGACAAUACUGGAGUAACUGGCAUGGGUAGUUCUGCUAAUACGCCCGCUACUAAUGCGGUACCAUCACCACCAGAGUCACCCAAUAAACCACAAAAAGGAUACGCGACCAUAGAUUUCAAUAAAACGGCAGCGCUUUCACAUUCUGUUAAUCCUAAUGGUGUUAAUGAUAAUGAGGGCUCCAGAAAAACACGACACAAUUCAACUAUCAACGACUUAGCAACUCCGUCAAGACAAAGCUCUUCGAUAAGUGAGUGAUUUCAUAUCUUCCAUUAUAUUUUUUUAUAUUAUUGGGAUACUCGCUAUGUAAUAACUCGGGAAAUAUUUAUCUGGCAUAGUCUCGAGGUUUUAGUUUUGUUGAGGGGACCCUCUGGUAUUUUUAUUUUUUAAAAUCAUCCUUAAUAGCCACUUUAGCUUGAAAUUGACAGUAAUUUGAUGUUGACAAUUUGACAGCAAAAGUUGUAAAGAAAAAUUUUCGGUUAAUUUUUCCUUAAUUUAGAGGUAACUUUUUACUAGAAAAAAAAGUCGAUAAUGUUUAUUCUUACCAUUACAGAAGGUAAGCAAAUUGAUGCAAAAAGUCAAGUUAACAAUAAAUUGAUAUAAAAAUUUGCCUGAAAAUUUACAACUUUUUUCUAGUCAACUUUUGAAGCGAAUUUGCAUUUUGAUUCGGGUAGUAAAUUAAUGUCAAAUUGUACAGCGAGGUAUACAAGUUGUCGUCAAAAACGGAACAGUCUGAAGUUGAUGGACAUUUCACGAAAAAUUCAAGAAAACUUUUGCUAUAGCAAACUGCUAUUAGGGCUUAUUACUAUAAGACAAUUGGCCCAGUCUCUGAGUCCUCAAAAAUUCCAGAUGACGUUUUAUUAAAAUAUGAAUUAUCAUUGACCUUCAAUUUGAACCAGUAUUGGUCACUUCAAUUUUCGUUAAUUACACAAAAUUUCUAUUUUCUUUUUAAUUUUAAAAUUUUACAAAGGCCAGGAAUAGGACGAUGGUCAAUUACUGGGUCAUUUCCCUUACGCGAGCUUUAAGUAAAAUUUAAAUCGGAGGGUCCCCUUGAAAAAAUAAUAUUUUUAAAUCGAGAAUACAAAAGAUCUCGAAUAUUCAACGAAAUGAUCUUAUGAUGGUAUUAUUAUGCCGCAUGCACAAUUAAAAUAUAAGAAAAAGAUCUCAUUACAUGAGAAAAUUAUUUAUUUAAUAAUUGUGAUAAAUUGUGUAAAACGAAAAUGCACGUUAUUGGUAUAUGUAUAAAUAUAUAUAUAUACAUAUUUAAAUAAUCAUUGCAAAA